AAUUAGAACGUCAAAUGUAAGAUCGAAUAAUAUUGUAAUACUAUAAUGCGAAAUAUCUUUCAAACAAAAAUAUGCAUAUAUUGUCAUAUAUUGUCAUCAAGCAAUAUUUUUGGUCUAAUCCAAUCAGUGUAUAGCUUUUAAAUAGUGACAUCAUUGAACAGAAUUAAUCAAAAUAGUAUAUACAAAUAUUUUAAUACAAUAAAUGUAUUGUUUUUUUUAUAUAUGUGACAUGUGACAUAUUCUCAAAUGUCUUCUCCUAAAAUUAAUGAAUAUUCAGGCAAUUAUCAGCAUUUUAACGAUGAUGCUAAUAUAUCACUCGAACAAAAUAUUUCGCAUCGAUCAUGUCAAAAAUAUGGAUCUAUGUUAUCAUGUUCUUCUACAGAAAAUCAUGUAAAUUCUAUUGAAAAUAUAAAGACUGAUCACUUUAUUCAUAAAUUUGAAACAGAUGAUGUGCUCAGAGAAAAUAUGUCUGAAAAUGCUGUACUUCCAUCGCAUGAUUCGUUAACAGAUCAUGAUUUACAUUGGGAAAUGAAUUAUCAUGAAGCUGCAAUAUUCUUAGAGGAAGGCAGAAAUAAUGAAAAGUUUGAUUCUCAUCCAAAACAUCCAGAAGAUUUACCAGCAUAUCUCUUAGUUCAUAAUAAUUGGUAUUAUGGAUUAGAUUUAUUAACUUCCCUUAUACUUUUGAUUUUGGCUCUUGCAGAAGAGCCAGCAGUACCAAUGUUUCAAAUACCAGUAUGGGUACAUGGAUCUAUAGAACUUUUUGCUUUAAUAAUUAUAGGCAUAGAAUUAGCUUUGAAAUUAAGAUGGAUUGGGUGGUCAACCAUGUUAAAACACAAACGAACAAUGUUGAAGUGUAUCACAUUGGUCAUCAUGUUUUUAGAAGCAAUGACAGUAUUAGUACGACAGUCAUCACACUUCCGUGUAACACGUGCUCUAAGGCCUAUCUUUUUAGUAGAUACUAAAUGUUUUGGAGGUGUUAGAAGAUUUAUUAGACAAAUACUUUUAACACUACCUCCAAUUCUAGAUAUGCUAGGCUUGCUUUUAUUUUUCAUAACACUUUAUACAGUAUUGGGAUAUUACAUGUUUUCCGAAAUGAAUAGAAAUUUUUCUACAUUACAAGAUAGUUUUGUGAGUUUAUUUGUUCUUCUUACUACUGCUAAUUUUCCAGAUGUAAUGAUGCCUUCAUAUUCAAAAAAUAAAUGGUAUGCUAUAUAUUUUGUAUCUUAUUUAUCUACAAUGUUGUACGUAAUGAUGAAUUUGAUGUUAGCAGUAGUUAAUGAAACGUUUACGGCAGCUGAACGUGAUAAAUUUAAAAAAUUGUUUUUACAUAAAAGAAAAGCAUGUCAACAUGCCUUUAAAUUAUUAGUUUCCAAACAAAGCCCGGAUAAAAUGCGAUUUCGUCAAUUUGAAGGGUUAAUGCGAUACUAUGCUCCAAAUAAAAAUAUAAGAGAUAUUGUUUUAAUGUAUCAACAUUUAAAUGCUUCUGGAAGUGGAGUUUUAAGUAUUGAAGAAUUUUUAAAUAUUUAUGAUACUAUUAUACUUCAAUGGGAGCCACAAUAUUCUACUGUGCCUUGGUAUCACAGUACAUCACAACCUUUGCAGAUACUCUGCACAGGAGCACAUGCUGCUAUUAGAUGGUCUUAUUUUGAAACUUUGAUGUACAUAAUGAUUAUUGCAAAUGGCAUUGCCAUGAUAAUAAGGAUACUAGAGCCAGCUAAUAAUGUUCAUAGUACACUUUUGUUUGCUGCAUCUUGGGAUACUUUUCUUUUUGGAGGAAUAUUUGUUGCUGAAGCAUUAAUAAAAGUACUCGGACUUGGUACAAGACGAUAUCUUAGUUCUGGAUGGAAUCUUUUUGAUUUGGGCACAUCUAUAAUGACUCUUGUUGCUGCUUGUAUUUUAUGCCUUUUUCCUACAGCAAAAUUUUUUGUUCUAUUCAGACCACUUCGAUUAUUGAGAUUGUUUAAAAUGAAAAAGAGAUAUCGAGAUGUAUUCGGCACGCUUGUAAUUUUAACUCCAUUAAUGUCUUCUACUGCAGUAGUCAUGCUUGUUUUAUAUUAUUUCUUUGCGAUUAUUGGAAUGGAAUUAUUUGCAGGAUAUAAUAUGCGAAAUUGUUGCAAAAACACAACAGUUGAAGAUUUUUAUAAAUAUUCGGCUAAUGAAAGUACCGCAUUAGGAUAUUAUUAUCUUAACACUUUUGACAAUCUUAUAGCUAGUGGUAUGACUCUUUUUGAAUUAACGGUUGUUAAUAAUUGGUUUAUCCUAAUGAAUGCAUAUGCAUUUACUGUUGGAAUGUAUACACGAAUAUAUUUUAUGAUAUUUUAUUUAGUGACUAUGAUUGUUCUAACUAUCGUAGUAUCUAGUUUUUUGGAAGCAUUUCGAUUUAGGAUACAUUAUAAAAAAUCAACAUCUAAACGUGAUGAAGAAAAAAUGCUUCAUGAAGAGGUAGAAUUAAAAUGGGAUGAGUUGCAAUAUAUAAUAGAAGAUUUUCAACUUUUAGAAAAAUUACGGCCUUCACUAAUAGUUGGUGGUACUACUGUUUUUAUUGGAUCACGUCCUCGAACUAGAGAAGUUUUACAAAGAAAAAUGUAUACUAAUGAAAUUACUGAGUGGAUUGCAGAAGCAAAACAAACAGAAAGACAAUUUUUAUCAAAUACUACUCAUAAUGUAGACGAAAAUUAUAGAGAAGAUGCAAUUUCUGAAUCAGAUUAUAUAGGAUUAACAGAUAACUCUCGACAAAUACAUCGUAAUACAUCAAAUGUUGUAUAAUUGUCAUAAUAAAUUAAUUUGCAUUUAUUGUCAUAUUGCA